UAAGAAACUGUCUCACAAUUUUUACUUCACACUUUAGAAAACAUCCCAAGAAUACGAACUAGCAAACUGCCAUUGGCAAAUGUAAGGAAGAGAAUGUGGUAAUACAGAUAUUAAGCACCAAUUGGGAAGUAGAAAAGUACUCUACAAGUUUUUUCCCUAAAGCUUUUGGCUUAAUCAGAGUGAUGUGGACCACAGAAGGCUAUGAUUAUGACACACUAGACUAUACUGAUGGAUCACUAAUUAGCUUAUGUGAAAAGGAGGAUUUGCAAUCAUUUUUAUCCUUUUAUCCAAUAGUUUUCUACAUAUUGUUUGUACUGAGUAUAACUGGAAACAUGAUGAUCCUGAUAAUUCUUCUGAAGUGGGAAAAGUUCAACACAGUCACUAAUAUCUUUAUCCUAAAUCUAGUUAUCUCAGAUGUAUUAUUCUCAGUUACCCUUCCAUUCACAGCUUUCUACAUUUCUUCCUCUUGGAUCUUUGGAAACGUGAUGUGUAAACUGACAACUGCCUUUUACUUUUCUGGUUUUCAGAGUUUUGUCAUCUUUCUCACGCUGAUGACAAUUGAUCAGUACUUAAUGAUUGUUCACUCUUGGUCUUCUACUUCCAGAUCGAGAAUCCAAUAUGCAGUCAACAUAAGUGUAAUUGCUUGGUGUCUGAGCAUAUUGUUUAGCCUCCCAGAGGUCAUCCUUUCAUCCACAAAAGUAAUGAAUACUGGUGAAACUGUAUGUGAAAUGUUAACUUUUCAAAAUGAACAAAACAAAUGGUGGCUAGUAAUAGGGCAUUAUAAGCAUUUUUCUCUGUUUUUUAUUAUCCCUAUCAUUAUUAUAGUUAUUUGUUAUAUAGGAAUUGCUUUAAAACUCACUACAUGCAAUAUCCGAAGGAAAGCUAAAGUUCUGAAACUCAUAUUUGUCAUUGCUUUUCUUUUCUUUCUUUGUUGGAUCCCCUAUAAUAUUACUAUGAUCCUUAUGUUUCAAGAAACCAUUGAAUCAUUUAACAAUUGUAAAAGUGUUCUACACUAUGUAUUUUACAUCUCCCAAACACUAUUGUAUAUUCACUGCUGCACAAAUCCUCUCCUUUAUACAUUCUUAGGAACCAAAUUCAAAAGGUACUUUCGUUGUUCAUUUUCAAGACUUUGUUUACCAAGAGUAUUGUCAAUGGAGCAUGAUAUAAGUCUCAGAACAAGCAUGUUAAAUGCAGUUUAAAAACUUUGAAUACAUUUUCUUCUACACUACAAGUCUUAUAUUCUCAAUCCCUUACAAGGGGCUUGAAGUCAAGUUAGCUUUUUUCAUUUAAAAUGACGGAUGCUUUUAAAGUUCUUUGCACUAGGAUUUGAUUUACUGUAUUAGAGACUAGAGGAGUUUUCAAGAUUUUACAGAUAUAGACAGUUCUAUAUAUUCCAAUUUUAGAAGCAUUCACCCUAUAAAAUAUUAUCCAACAAUAAUGCAUAUCCUCCCAGUAACCAAUAUAAAACAGAUUGCUAUUGGUUUCUUCAAGAAGGUCUAUGACUACAAAACACUGCUUAGCAGGGAUGCAGCCAUUCUGCAUGUUAUAAAUAUGUAGGUAACCCUCUGUCCCUUAUGUAGCACGCUUCAGUGUCUUCUUGGGUUUCAUCUGUUGAUACAAAUGUUUGCCUUUUUUUUAACACCAAUGGCUUUUUUCAGUCAAUAGAGAAGCACUUUGAAAAAGGAGGCCGACGUGCAGCAAUACAAGAAAGGCUAAAAGCAGUGUACAAAGUGCAAAAAAUGGCCCACUGCAAUACACAGCUUUAUGUAAAGCAUAUGACUCCUAGUAUAAAGUACAUUUUACACUCAAUGAAGUUUUAAAAAAACAGACCUUAUGUUGAAAAAAGGAAAUAUAUAACUAUGGAAUGAUCAGUCAAGGCAGCAACUGUCUGCUUUUGAAAAUGUAAAAUAAGAACAUUCCACAAGAUGGAAAAAUGAAUGUACAACUAGAGCCUUCUGUAAACAGCAGGGGGUACCUACUUCCUUGGAAGAGUUUAACAUUUUUGUUAAUGUUCAAUUAAUGUAUUGUAAAUAGUAGCUGGAUGUUCACCAGCUUCAGGGCCUAAAGUUUGAUAUGUACAAUUUUUACUUUACCUUUCAUCUUCAAACUCAGGAAACCUCAAAUUAUAGAGCCAAUAACACAAGAAAAUGAAAUUUCCUGACACGCAUUUCAUAUAAAUAGUGUUGUUUAAAAUGAUGGCUUAUACUGUAACACCAGUACUUGAAAUACUGUAAAUGCUGGUUAGGUGAUAUGUUGGCACUGAGGUGUUAUAUUAGGAUUGCUUCACUGGUUUGUCCCAUUCCUUCUCAAAUUAAUUUUUAAUGAAUCAUUGUUUACAGAUCUUUUAAAGAGCAUUUAUUGUAUAAAUUUUUAAAUAAAAUAAUACAUUAAUAUACUUUCAA